AUGAUCCGUCCGAGCCAUCCACCUGCGGCCUCCCUCGUCUCCGGUCUUAUUGACUCUGUCUUGACACCGGGACCAGGCGAGGGAGGAGGAGAGAGUGUAGGUAGAUGCAGCGCAAGUCUACUGGCACUAUAAACCCCUGCGCAAGUCACCGUCCCUGCCCCCACGGCUGCUGCAGCUGUGGGGCACACGGUGGACAUCGUCGAAAUCGACGGUCGAACUGUCGUAUGGUGUGGUAGUACGCCUAGAUGUGGGUCCGGCCGUGCCAGCCGCCUACGGUCUUCUUGACUCUGUCCUGACACUGGGUCCAGAUGGGGAGUUGAGAAGAGAGAGUGCGGUGGAUGCUGCGAAAGUCAACUAUCAAUAUAAACCAAUUCAUGUGCGAGUUACCGUACCUGCUACACCUCUCUGUGUAGCACACGGUGGACAUCGUCGAAAUAGAUGGUCGAACUGUCGAGCAGAAAUCGUGUUUAGAGUUGCACCAAAUCAAAAAUCGCUAAAGUAGUGUUAACAUCCAUAAGUCUUCUAUUGGGCAUGGUGCAGCAGUAUGCGAUUGCUCUGUCCGGUCUGUCCAUCUCUACGGGUCCGGUCUGUCCUUCUUUACGGUGGUGAAUGCUGGGCUUUGCGCGUGGAGGAUGAGCGAAAACUGGAGGUAUUUGACCACCACUGCUUGAGGAUCAUCCUUCGAGUGAAGUUCACCGACUUCGUCUCAAAUGAGACAGUCCGCGCUCGCUGCGACAACAUCGCAAGGAUAACCCAGGUCAUCCAAGAAAGAAGACGGGGGUGGUUUGGGCAUGUGCUUCGUCGUCCACCUCAGGAGCUCAGUGUUACUGCCCUCGAUCCGGCACCGUUGUCCCAUUGGAGGCGUCGAAGAGGGGGUCAGUUCAAACCCCGGCUCGACACAGUUCGUCAAGACAUGGAGGUGGUUCUUGGAUCUUCGGUAUUCGGUCUACGUCGUUGCCGAAGGGAAUGGGUUGAGUUGUGCAGAUCCGUUGCCGCGGAUCGUCACGCGUGGAGAGGUACAGUUCGUGACAUCAUCGAGGCCGGCUAGAUCAGGCAUGAUCGCAGCCGUAUCAAAUACAAAUAUGCGAUUGCUCUUAAAUUAGAUCCUAGCAAGCGAGGUGUGCGUAUCAUAGUUUGCAGGGAAAAUUCCCACGUGCAUAUUAUUUUGAUGAUAAGGCAAGAUCGGGAUGACCAGAGCAGGCUCGUGUCUGCGUCUGUCACAACACCCUGGUUUCCCUGCAUCAAGAGGUCAUUUGUCAUGCACAAAUGUCCAGUGGUUGCGAUUAGACAUAAGCCACACCCCUCCGGUUUCAGAUGCCGCCGAUGGACUGAAUGCAGGUUCAUGUAGCCCCCAAGACAGAGGACGGGGUGGAAGGAUCACUUCGCACAGUUAGGCAUUCGACCCGACCGUCAAUUCACCAGACUGACCGACGUUCACAGUUCGACCGUCCUAAGCGACAAAGUCCGUUACUGCUCUACAAUGGGCACCCAAGGGGGAAUUAUACGAAAUGCGUAUGUAGUGGAACAGACUGACCCAACGUCUACGCGGCUCCUUAUUCCAAAACCUGCCGUGCUUCGGUGGCAAGACAAAGUCAAGGAGAGUGAAGAUGGGGCAUACACGCGGUGGUCGACAAACUUUAAUACGUAGUCUACGCUUGCUACGCACGGGCCUGGCCUUUAAGUAAGGGCGACUCUUGGAUUGGAUCACAGCAAAAGGCAACCCGUCCAGCUUAAGUUUCAGUCGUCGGUUGACAGUCCUCAGGACAGUCCGUUGUCCGAGUCAGUCAGUGCUGAGAUUGGGUGCAGGAGCUGGCGUGAAGGGAAAACCACACCUAGGCGCACCACCGCACCCCCAUGAGCGGCAGUAGUUAUGUGAUAUGUGAAUCCUGCGUUGCCCGAUUAGCGCGCACUGUGAGCAAAUCAGGUCCUCGACCUUGGUGGAUACACGACAGUCCGAUCAUCCUGAUAAACGAUAUCCACCGGGUGUUCCACAACACGGUGGUAACUGUAACUUGGUGAUAUUAGACUUGCGCAGCAUCUACCACACCCUCUUCCCUUCCCUCACCGUAGUGGCUGGCAACGCGAAAACCUGCAUCCUCUGGUUCACCAUUUUUACUUAGGAGAGACGACUCGGAUCCAACUUGCGUGGCGUGAAUCUGCAACUGGCUGUCCUGCCACUCCGAUUGUUGGUAUUUGUUAUAAGUACGCAUUCCCGAUAACUCCUGCCGGACCCCAAUCUAGUUCCUUUGUUGUUCCAGAACACCAAUCGCAUGGGCCGUCUUAGGAGGGAUGGCCACGGAUGUAAUCAACUGCAGUUUCCGGUAACAGUCGGUAGAUGGCACCCAAAAUAUCCGCCUAACCAAAGCAGUCUGUCUUACGGGAGAGGUUGUAAUGGGGUUUUUAUGGGUGGUGGCUGGUCGGGAUGUACGAUACUAGCCGACGGAAAGCCUUAUUUAAACAGGUGAAUGAUCGAAGUUGACCCGCUGUCCGUUCUGUUAUUACAAAAUGUGUCGCCAUAGGCAGUAUAAUGGUAACGGACGAGUGGAAGGCGUAUAAUUGUCUUCUCUCAGAAGGUUAUCUACAUUUCUCUGUUAACCACUCAAAGAACUUCAAGGACCCUACCACCGGACGGCACACCAAUGACAUUGAGGCAUACUGGAUUAGACUAAAAGGGAAACUCGACGAGGGAGGCCCUGUAUGUGGUCGAGCUGCGUGGGCUCGCAUAGAUGAAGUACAGUAUCGUCUUUGGUUUGGUCUCAAAGACAAGUCUAUGACAGAUGCUUGGGAACUGUUCCUAUCCCAUGUUGUGCAGACUUAGUCUAUUUAAAAGUGAUUUUGUUUUGUAAUAAACUGCCAAAAUGCGAAUAUAUGCCGUAUAUUCAGGUGUGCGUGUAUAACGAUGGGGAAGGUUGGGUAACAGCGACCAUCGUCCAUGUAACCUCCUGCGAUGUUCGUUCGGCCAGCCCAUGUUAGGCCGUUGCGGAAAGUCCAAGUAGUGCGUGAAAGUAGGCCUGCAACUGAUGAUAUAGCCUGAAGGCGUUUGAGUCCACUGUUAAAGGUAUUAUUUCUAGGUAGCGGAUUUUUUGGGUACCAUCUCCCGUUUGUUACCCAUUCCCUCCCCCCCCCCCCGGGGGGAGGGGGGGAUACAUAUCACACCCCUGCCGAGGGUAGUUUGUGCACGCACAGGAGAAAUUCAUGCUGUGUUUUGCGCUGUCCAUGUUCGACCCUAAUGCCCGAAGUCGGCCGUCUCUCAUAUCCUCAUUGUCUGCCCCCCACUCUUUCAGCAGCUGAAAUGCUCUCCUCGCCGGUUGACGACGUCAAGGCCUGGUUGGAGGCGCAGGCGGUCGUGGUGCCCGAGGGCUGGGUGGAGGGCUGCACUGAUUGGCUGCAGGAGGAACACGGGGCCAGCGUCUGUGCCAGUCGCCCCACCAGCUGGUGGCGUGAGGCCGUAUUCGAGCAGUGGCUGCACACCGACCUCAGUCAACUCCUCUGUCCCAUCCUCCCCUCCGCGUCUGACGGUCAGACAGACACAGAUGCCUUUACUCUCGAAGGAGAGUUGUGCCUUCAGGUAACUGCCGAUUUUGUGGUGCCUCGCAAAUUACCGGAGGUCCGGUCCGCUGGUACGUCAGGAAACACCGAUUUGCAUGCCCCAUGAACUUUACUCAACCCUUCUACAGUUGCGCAUUAGCUCUUGAAUGGCCUUCGCAUUGCUUGUAGGCUAACUUCUUCAUAAUUCUUGUGUUAGCGACGGACCUUGUGAGCCUGGUAAUAUUCCGGGCACAUUUAGACAGGCAGGUGUGUCCUGUAAAAGACCGUUAGUUAUCUUAAAAAAUUUAGUCAAGUCCUUAGUUAGUGAAGUUAAAAGAACAAAAGUGCUCUUUCUCUCUUCCAUGCCCAAUAAAUUGCUUACUUUUAUGCAAACAAGACCUACUACAUGACUCCUUUAAAAACCAUAAUACGAGUUAAAAGAGACAGUUCUACUGAAUGGAAGCGAGUAUGCGGAUCCCGGGUUUUUGUUGUGAAGAAGAUGAACAAACGAUUUCUCGGACAUUAGGUGUAUUAGUCAGAGCUUUCAGUCUCGUACAGGAGGUCAUCGCCAGAGACUGUGAGAAUGCGGCAUCAAAUGAGCAAUUUUUGUAGUCAAGUCAUGAAGUGGGGGGGGGAUAUGAGUGCAGAGGGUGGUAUUCGCGAUAAGCCGAGUACCACGCCGUCUUACGGCGGCGUGACUGCGUGCACCCUCGGCUGGAAAUUGGGUCUCGCCUCUUGGCCGCUGGAACGGAGCGCGUGAAAGCAGGGGGGAGGAUAUGUCAGCGUGUCUGUUGAUAGAGUUGGUGUCAGACACCCAGUCCUACUGCUGAUCCGCGCUACUAUCCGCGUACUCGCGAAGUGGAAUUCGUGGCCUUCCUCCAGGUUGCGAGUAGUGACCCGAGACAACGGGUCGCCUCUCCGGACCGCCCGUUGACGCUCCGUUAUUCGGGAGCUAAGUCGCUGUCCAGUCUGUCCUGUGUACAGUGCGUGACCUAUCUCAUGAAAUGUUGGCUGAAAUGUGGAAAUGCGUUUUCGACUAGGAAGGAUUACUUGGUCGCCGUUGUAAUAUUGAUUAGCUUGUGGCAUACUCUUAUAACAUUUUGGACUCGACAGGAUGUCGGCUUUUAAAUGCACUUCUUCUCAAUCUCCUGUAGAAAGCGUGCUCGGUAAAAAAUGACUACUUGAGUAGCAUUCAUUUUUCCCAUUGAUUUUCGAUGGUCUUGGAAAUUCAAAUACAUUUUAUAGAAACCACACACAAAAAUAAGCUUUCUUCUUGUCAAUCAAUAGAGGAUCACGUCUUCCUUAUAUUUUGUACUUAAGGAAGGAGUAUAAUUAGGUUUUAAAAAAGUUUUCUAAUUGCCGAAAAAUUCGGAGCCUGAUCAUUCGUUGAAUUAGCGCUUAGUGAUUACACUCUACAAGGUGCAUGCGUUCCGCGUAAAGAAAAUCCCAUAUUUUUCUAUGUCAUUAAAGAGAUAUCAUACAGAGUCCAUAAAAUUUUGCAAUGGAUGCGGACCAUGUUGUAUAUUUCGUGAGGUGCAGUGGUAAACGGCCAGGUACGAUGCUAUGUGAAUGGACAUAUCGUGGUCUUAAAAAGUGUCAUAAUUAGAGACUUUUUAAAACCUAGUUAUACUCCUUCCUUAAGUACAAAAUAUAAAGAAGACGUGAUUCUCUAUUGACUGACUAAAGAAAAGCACAUUUUCGUUUGUGUUUUCUAUAACAUAUAUUUGAAUUUCCAAGACCAUCGAAAAUCAAUGGGAAAAAUUCAUGCUACUUAAGUAGUCAUUUUUUACCAAGCACGCUUUCUACAGGAGAUUGAAAAGAAGUGCAUUUUAAAGCCGACAUCCUGUCGAGUCCAAAAUGUUAUAAGAUUUGGUGUCAGACACACAGGCCUCCAACAGCUCUCGCCCUGUCUUAUUGCUGGCCCGCGCUACCAUCUGCGUGCUCGCGAAGUUGAAUUUUUUGCCUUCCCCCAGGGUGUGAGUGACAACCUGAGACAACGGGCCGCCUGUACUGUCCAUUGAGUUGGCUUUGCCAAGGUUUGUGAGCAAACCAUGACCCUCGCCGCCCCCUGGUAUGCGCUGGCAGUUCUCCAGUACCUGGUUUCUCUGGCGGUAGAUGCGCUUGCGCUCCCGCUGGGUAUACAGGUCGUGUGCAUGGCAGCCCAGUCGUUCACGUCUUUUAUCUGUCUCGAAACCGGAUCCAGGUGGAGAGAAGGUGAUCGCGCGGUAGAUGCUGCGCAAGUCUACUCUCAAUACAAACUAACUCAUGCGCAAGUUGCUUCACCUCGCUGUGGAGCACACGAUGGACAUCGUCGGAUGUGACGGUCGAGAUAUCACCAGUUUGCUUUCAGUGGACUUGACGCAGGGGGUCGGGUUGUGUGCCGACAAAUUGGCGUUAUUUUAAGGUGUCUUUAAAGCCCUGUGAUGGAAUGUUUGGUCGGAAUGGGGAAUAUGGACUCCCUCCAGCACCACGGGUGGUCUUGCGCUAAAUUGCAGACUGGUAAAAAUUAUCGUGCUCUGAGGCUAGGCUUAACCCUAACUCUGCAAUCAGCCCCAACCCUAACCCGCCCCUCUGAAAUUUAACGCAAGACUACCUCUGAUAAGAAGGAUCCAUAUUCUCGAAGCUUCUGGCUUCGGAAGCCUGCUUGCCUUUCUGUUUUGAUUGGCUGUCUCAUCACUGCCAGGGCAGUGCGACUGCUCUUGGCUUUAAAUGCCACCUUGAAGCCUACCGGCAGCCUUUUUCUGUCGUGUGUGUUAAAUUUCUCAACAUGAACAAAGAGGCGAGUUGCAGGAAGCAGUCGCGAAGAAGGAGCCAUGAUCACUGGAACAAGAGCUUUAUUAGCCCGACGUUUCGGAUUCCCACCCGAAUCCAUUAUCAGAGACUCAGUCAGAUAAGGUUAGCGGAUUGUCCAGGCGUUAGGGUAUUGAUAGGAUGUAGUUGCUAGGCCACUGCAUGCCUAUCCUAAUUGGCAGCCCCCGAGUUCAUCAUGGCUCGAUUGGCCAGGUGUUGAAUUAUGCAGUUGCCAUGCGGUUGCUAUGUUCCUGCGUGCCUGUCAAAAUUAUCGACUCCCACGCUAAUCGCACUCAGUAGAGUUGCUAUCUGCCGGGGUUUCGUCGCCUGUGUGGGCUGUUGAGCGAUUUGGCUCGUUGACAUUGACACCAGGAGCAGUGGUUAUCCACACGCCAGAUCAGAAGGUUGCGUGUUCGGAUCACGUCGGGGUCACCAAUGACGUAAGUGGUAAUGUUCCCAUAACUAACGAGCCCCUAGCCUUUAAGGCAGCAAGUAAAACUGAGUAGCGAAUAAUAUAUAGAUUCUGAAUGUUAAGUAACCCGACAACAGAGCUCGACAGCAAAGUAGGCCAGCAUUGCGGGUUGUACAGGUGUGCUGUUUUUCGUCACAUUCAAACAAGCAAUCCGGUCAAAGAAAAUGGGACUAAAUUGUCAAAGGUAAAUUAGUCCGGUACCCCACCACACACUCUCCGCGUGGCAAAGUACUUUGCCCAGGUAACGUCUCAGCACCGGACGAGGAGGUCGUUGGUUGAUUGAGAGCCGAAAAAUCAAAGUCUCCAACAGUUCGCGGCUCACGCGGUUGUCGUAUUUAGCGAGAAUUUCGGCUUCAGCAGUUGAGUGUGUAGCUGGGUCCCCUCGAAUGAGCCCCGACUUGAGAGCUGACGUCGGUUUCCCUUCACUGCCGCUACGUGCUCGACCAUCCGCCUCCGGAGUAGUUUUCUAGUUUCUUCAACAUAGUUGCUUUGCCCAAAAGUGCGUUUUUAUCGCAGUUCUUGAUGACCCAGCAGUAUGCGACCUAACUAGUGAGACGUGAUGACGAAAAGUGAUGUCCAGCGUAAACCGUGGGAAACUGGUUGCGAACAGAAGUGUUGUUUUUAGAACAUCAGACGUUUAGUCGACUUUUAAAAGCCAUCUUUGUAAAUCUGUAUUAUUUCCUGCCUUAAAGAGCAGUAAAAACGCGUACAGGCAAUCCUUUGUUUAAGCGUGUUCUUGCUGUCUUGCUUUUUUGCCUAUCCUACACGAGUAACCGCCAAAAUUGCCAUAAGCGAAUGGCUAUUUUUCAUCCAGAACAUAUGGAAAGAUAUGUUUUAUGUGCGGUCUACUUCCUUCUUACACGUCAUCUUGAAAUGGGAGGGGGCGAAACAUUAACAGUUUGAGCCAUGUAUCAUUAUUAUUUAUGGGCACUCUUCUGUUCAUUGUUAAUCGUGGGAUGGAGUCUGAAAGUAGGCAAAAGUAGCGAAACUAGCUGCAGUAUGAGCAUAAGAGUAGACUCUUUUGUCUGUCGCAGUGAAAUUAUCAGUACUUUUCAGGAAGGUGAAAAACACGGCCAAAAUGCGCAUUUCGUUCUUGGCUUUAUCGUGUGAAAAGGUAAAGUACGUGGACACCCGUCAGCGUAAUUCAAUAUAAAAGCACUUUUAAAAUAGGUAGCUUGUUACAGGGAUUUUCGCCAACCGAUGUAAAGCCUAUUUGUCACUGACUUUUGUUUUGGACUUUCAUUCUUUCCGAUAAUGAUGUUUUUAUGUUUGUAUGAGUCUUAAAGUGUGCCCAAAACAGCCAUCUACAUGAAAAAGAACGCCCAAGCACUCAGUUCUUUGGUAAAUGCUCUUAAGAAAUAUCUCUUUUUGAAGGUUUUGAUGAACGCAUAGCGCAGAACCUAUCUUUAUGAGCAAUUUUUGGAAACACUGAACAUUGUGAAGUGUUCACUGACACGGGGAACUUCAGUGGACUUCACUGUUACCAAAACCCACACGUGAAUUUGACGGGAAAAAGUGUCCCCUUAAUUUACGCGAAAUGGUGCGCUUGCGACUGUAUCUUCCAAUUCUAUUUAGAUUUAAAAGUCACCGGCCGGCCUGUCAAUAUGUUUUAUUUUUGUGACGUCUAUGUCAGCGACAUCAAACGAACUUCUCUUUGCUCUAAUGAACCGCGCCCUGUUCAAAAACGGAAAAUUGCAUCGAUUUUGCCCAAGAAGAGCGUAGAACACAUGACUAGACACUGCGCACUUGACUCUCGGCCAGACUUUGACUGAUUUUGCAGGAUAUUUAAUGAAAUUGUAGGGCAGAAAUAUUUUUUUAAAUGCCACUGUACUUAUACCGUUUGGGUUAGUCAGCUAUUUCCGUGGAAAAUCAUUAGGUUCUCCCUAGAUUUCAGCCCACAUGCGUGACUCCAAGUUUUGUGUCUUCGACAUUUCUGAUUUUCUCAAGAAACCUGUCCUUUCUAACCGGCAAAAUAGUACUCUUCGCAUUUAUUUUGAAGUUUCACUUAACUGGAGGUCGUUUAUUAUUAGUAUGAUGUUUUAGUGGAUGCCGUCGGACUAUUUUCUGAUUGGCCAGUGAUUUUUCGUUAAUAUGAAUUAUUUUAAUGAGUUGGGUAUGUGCUAAAUCUGUGCUAAAUCUGUUUAUUAAACCUAUUGCGGAUAAAUUACUAUCCUUUAAAUGAAAAACUCGGUCAGAUGAGUAACCGGACUCUAGGACAUGUAUUAACAUAGGAAAUUGCACGAAUAUACUCCAACGUCCAUUUUCGCUAAAAUUUACUGCUAUUUUACUUUAUAUAAUUUACUUAAACACAAAUUCUGCCCAAGAAAAGAACAUCAUAUUGAAGAAAGUGGAUGAGCGAACAAAAUGCGCAACGCCCAGAAAUUCUCGCACCAGUUUCCGUUAUCAGAUUUCAUGAGAUAGGUCACGUACUGUGAAAAUGCACAAACUUUAUAAAAAAAAAUAAAUAAAUCACUAUGCCUUCCAGAUUCCAAAGUGUGUUUCGUACACCGCAAAAUCUUGCUAAAAUGACGAAACACAUACUGAAAUUAAAUGGCGGAGUUAUCUGCAAGAAUACCGUCCAACAGUUGGAUUGAACUGAUUAAGUCAUUCUAAAAGGGCGCUCUCUUAUAACCACAUUUUCAAGCGGGGAUAACCUUCUGCACCAUUUUGUUUCAUAUGGAUGGCUUAGUUUGCAUACCCUUAUAUUAGUAUGCUUUGCACACAGUCAACACGAAUUACUCAGUGAGCAUAAGAUAUGCAGAAAGUUUGUGGCGUUACUUGAACUAUCGAGAAUCAAAGGAAGGUGAAACUGGUUAGAUCAGGUAGUUUGCAGGUGACAUAUCCAGCCAUUGAUUUGCCUCCCUGAAAAUCGUCAGCCACUGUUGUUAUGCAUUUAUUGCUUUCACUCAAACCCAGUUCACAAUCUUAAGUCUCUGCUUCCUUGUUCACCUCCAUUCCAGUCAGUUUUGGUCCACGCUCAUCUAAUCGGUAAAAAAGAUCCUACUUACAACUUUUUAGUGGUACUUCAAACUCAAAGUUUCGACGGUCGUUUAGGAUUAAGGUUCAAUCCAAAGUGUGCCAGGAUUCUUGACUACAUUCUUUUGCCGCAUUCCCUAGAAUCAUUAAAAGUCGACCCCAGCUCACUGAGUCCGGUUUCGUCAUAUACUUACCCUGAGCAAAAGUUCAAACGACCGAAUGAGUGUUUUUCCUAUUUUCGAUGUUUAGCUAGUUACCCAAUUUUGUCUUUAAAGCAAUUUUGUCUAAGGGAAGGUUAUUUACUAAAAACCGGAGUAUUUCGCAAUUCCUAGGCUUCUCAAUUACUGGGUGUCGUCUUAUAUGCUCAACAGGAUUUCCGUCAGAAUGGUGUCUCUGUCCUCGGUAUCUUUCAACAUCAUCUCUUUCCGCGUUGCACGGCCGACGAUUAAUUUUAUUCUUCAGCACUUCUAAUAACCAUGAGGGGAACGCCCACCAAUAUAUCCUGAUUUUAAGAUUCUGUUGGCGCUAGAAGUGACUGCACAAUAACAACCAAUCGGUAGUCAUGUGGUAUUGCUGACAAAGACAACACAGUUGACCGUGAAUUCGAGGACAAGAAGAGUGGUUCCGUCUGUCGUGAAGUCAGGAUCGAUGGGCGUAAGCUACUUUACUCUGACUUUAACUAUUCUUAAUUGCAGACAGCAAUACCUGAGUCCGUAACCCCGAGGUAUGGCGUCUGGCUUAGUGAUCAAAAUCCCGGUCUGAUGACGAUAAUUAACUCCGGGACAGGCCAUUUGAUCGUCCUCUCGCUCCGGGAGAAUCGGAAAAGGAACAAAAUGAACCACUGUUGACUUUUGAAAUCUUUGUUAUCUGUGGCUCAAGGCGCAGCACGUUGACGCGUCUUAAUUUUCAUGAAGCGCACUCUUAACUCAGAUUAGCAAAAGUAAGAGAUCCGAGUUAAUAAUCUGAGGAAAAUGAUGUGCUCACCGGAUCGAGGGACUUGUUUGGCUGACGUUUCGAAGAACUGGGACGGCUCUCCACUAUCAAAGCCUCUAGUGCAAACUCGAUCAGAAUUUUGAAUAGACAGCCGAAUUAGUUGACCUUGGGUUGAUCAUCGCCGUUUGAUGCAACCCAAAGACAUAUUGCCAUCCACUGAAAACUCAGCAGUUGUCUAUCAAAUACGUCGUAACGAUGGAGACUGCAACUACGUGGGGAAAACCGGACGGAGAUUGCAGACCCGCCUACAUGAGCACAAACUAGCAACUCGGAGACUAGAAAGCUUGCGGCUCACAUCGGGGAAACUGGUCACAGUUUUGAUUUUUAAGGAGCAGCCGUCUAAGGCAUGGGCACUUCAAGGACAGAGCGUCUCACACUUGAGGCUUGGCACUCAGAUGCCAACUCAAUCAAAAGGCAUCUUGAACUUCCUUCAACCUAUUAAGUCCUAUGUCACUACAUACGCCGUGGCAAAGACAAGACAGUCAUACGGAGCCUAAAACUAUCGAGAAAGCACGGCCUGUCGACCAAUUCACCCAAAAGGGAACACCAACGCAAGUAACCCCAAUUGAGGUGACGACACACAAUACAGGAGGCAACCAACACUCACAAGCGACGGCCAGUAGGCCAAGGCAGCGAAGGGAGAAAAAAAUCGAUCAGCACAAGGCCAACUAAUCCAGCUGUCUAUUCAAAAUUCUGGUUGAUUUUUCACUAGACGCUUUGAUAAUGGAGAGCCGCCCCAGCUCUUCGAAACGUCAGCCAAACAAGUCCCUCGAUCCGAUGAGCACUUCAUUUUCCUCAGCACUCCCGACUGUUACCUCGGCGGGCUAACUGGUACGUUGACGCAUAUCCCAUACAUCAAUGUGUUUUCACCUGACCGACUGCCGGACCUUUGUGCAUUUGUGCCAUCCUUUUAAUGAGGGGUGAAAUUUGUAACCUAACCUGCCAAAAAUUGAAAACUGACCGACAGACAAUGUAGGAGUUGAUUUCGGAAAUGUCUGUCCAUGUUAUCAGUCCCAUACAUCCCUGAGACUUGAUCCCCACUUCUUUGGCAAUUAAACUAACAGUUCGGCACCACCUCUACAGUCACUGUUGAAUUUAACUCGGGCUGUCACUCGAACUUAAUUUCCCUUUCGUCACCCUGGGUUUUUACACCGCUUGAUCGAGGGAAGCGUAAUUUUUGGAUGCCCACUUUAUUGUGCUUCAUGGUGUCGGGGCGUGCAUACUCUGUCGUAUCUCCGUUAAUUGCCUUCUGUCCAAUGAUCUAGGUGAGCGGUUUUAUCAACAUUGGCGAAUCCUAUUAUGGUCAGCUACGGCGUAUCGACGGAGACCUGAGUACCGAUCUUCCUGACUUGGAAAGGCAUAAUCCAGACUUCGACGAUGACAACGUUUCCCAGUAUCCUGCGUCACAGAUGUCCUCGACCGGGCGGAGGGGAGCAACCGGUUGGUUUGCAAACCGCUUAUUUUAAAUGUGUAUAAUAGCACUACUUGCACCUGUUAAGUAGAUCAUGUGUAUACGUUUACCGUAGGAGCGGGUGCCUCGGCUCAAACCUUGGCCGUCCUCCUCACGGACGGUGUGACGACAAUAAAGGCAAUCGAGCUUGGGAUGCCCCGAAGACCUGUGGGCAACAUCGACCCUGGGGCCAAAUUUGCGCCCGGAAGGAAGGUACGCCUGCGAGGUCCGCUCAAUAUUCGAAAGGGUGUCCUUAUAUUGCCCAGUGGAUCCUUCUCAGCGCACAACGUCCCAGAAUCCCACUUCUAUGUUCUUGGUGGUGAGGUGAGUGGUUAUUUUGUGAAUGUGAAGGGAGAAAUCUAAAAGUUCAUGAGAAGGCAAUUUUUUAUGCUGAGAAGCUCUCUAAUCUCUGGGGCACUCCCCAGGCGUUCUGCAUUCACGAUUGAAUUUAAAGCUCCUUGUAAUCGAGGAAUUGUUAGACACGGGAAGAGUUUGUUCCAGUUGUUAAACCCACAACUGUGAUACGUUUUCAGGACUGUUGAAAUAUCUGGUUAGAUUUUGACGAGGAGGAAAAAGGGCCUUACUUUCACAUAAUCUGGAUCUUCAGCCAUAGCACUUCUUCAAAAAGUGUUUCGAUGAGUAAUCAAAGUCUCGGGCGAGAAGGGAGAUGGGUAAGUUGUUUGAACUGCUCGGUAGCGAGGUAAACUGUAGUGUUUUUCUGUUUCAGCCUAAAGGCGCGUCAAAAGUUGACGGGGUGUGGUUGAAGCUGUCGUCGUUACGCGGACGUUUGGAGACGUGGCGAUAGUCUCGACGAGUAGAUGGACGGACUAUGCAACCAUUAGAUCUGAAAGAGCACUAGGAACCUUGAAAAGUGCGAUCAGCAAAGGGACUGACUGUUACAGGAUGCAGUCCCACUGUGAUAUCGACUCAAAAGGAAUAAGAAACACCGAUAGCAGAAGAGAUCACACGAACGCUACAGUUGUUUUUCGACAUUGCCUUCCUUUGUUUAUUAUAGAGCAGACACAUUUUAGUGGAGCAACAAUGCAUGCGAGAGGAGUUAUCCGUUGAAAAUUUGUCGAACUGAACAUAUGAGCACCGAAAAACAACGCAGAAGUUCAACAUUGGUGUCGUUUAAGGGGACCGGGAGCCGUUAGAAGAAUGGUGGGACUUCUUGUGGAUGUCAUCGAAGCUCUCGGCAUUGAGAAGUUGUCGUAGCCUAUAAACAAGUCACAGUCUCAAUGCCGUCUUCUCGGACAUUCGAUUAACGAUGGAGGAGGUAGAAAACAAGCAGCUGGCCUUUCCGGAUGUCCUCGUUUGCCGCAAGGAUUGUAGUAGCCUAACAACCAAAGUGUUCAGUAAAGCUACAAAUACGACGUAAGUACUGAACUUCAACGGAACCACCUGAUUGGUCACGAACGCACUUGCAUAAGGGCGCUAUACCAGCGCGUCAAGACGCAUUGGAGUGAAACGGAAGAUAGAAUUGCUAAGUUAAAAUGUUUUCGACGGAUACCGAGAGCUGGUGGCUACCCGCGCAACUUUUUCAACCAGUGCAUGUGCAAACGACACUAUGGACCAAAUCCAGCCCGCCAUUCAUUAUGUGAAGAACGUCUCUGAAGCCGUCAGCCGCCUUCUCACCCGACUUGGAGUUGGGGUAGCACGCAGGCCGGAAGCAACCAUCAGGCACUAGGUCAUGAGGCCGGAAGAUUGAAGUCGAUGUGUGGGUGUUGAGCAGAAUCGAUUGCUCGGUCUCCAUGCUGGGAUGUAACGACGUUGGAGACUGCCGUCCUUUUGAAUAGGAUACCAGGGAUCAGAAGACGAAGAUGCGACCACUGGAACGUGAAAUUUAUUGGCCUGACGUUUCGGAUUCCCACUUGAACCCAUCAUCAGAGGCAGUCGCAGAUAAGGUUAAUGAUGGCGCAAGGAGUGCAGUAUUUAUAGCACGUGUCUGCCGUGGGACCAUAUGCGCACUGUACUUAACAGUUCUCGUAAUCACCACCGGGGUCGUAAUUGAUGCGAUGGUGGCUUGUCAGCCCGCGUCCGAGUCGUUAAUUGCCGCGAUUUCGUCAUCCAUGUUGGAUGCUGGUGUGACAGUUGCUCGGCAAAUUUGCCCACUGUGAUUGGUAUAAUUGCUCGCCCGCGUCCUCCCCACGUGGCUGAUUCCCCUGCCCAGGGAAAAUCUCAACACGGAAUACGGUACCGGGAGGCCAUUGCGCUUGUUGAUGGAUUGCGGGCCUGAGAACCAUAACUCGAGCAGCUCGCGGCUCACGCAAUUGUCACCCCUUGUGAGGAUUCCGGUCUCUUGAAACUUGAAAACAUGGCCGGGUCCCGUCGAGUGUGCCGCCACCUGAGAGCUCACGUCUCCCCGCCUCACUGCUGCUGCGUGCUCGGCAGUUCGCGUUCGCAGUAAUCUUCCGGUUUCUCCGACAUAACUGCUUUGUCGGCAACUGCACCGGAUCCGUUAAACGACUCCAGACGUUUCCUGAUGCGGCAAUGGGCCAUUCAGCCUCAAGGAUGGUCUCCCGGGCACAUUCGUCGCAAAAGCAGGGCCUUCAGCAUGAGGUGAAGAAAUGUCAGAUGGAGUGGGCUGACACCCUUUAAAGCAUCGCAGUUGUCGGGACGAGAAUAUUUCUCUUGGUAACCUCGAACUUGUCAGCGGACUACGGAAAUACCCGACCGCUAAGGUCACACCGAGGUAGUUUUCGUACACAGAAUAUCGUGCGAAACAGUCUUGAAGGUAGGACUCAAGCGAUGCUCAUUCGCGCACAGAGUAGGCUUUUUCUAAGUCUCUGAAAGCAGAGCAGACCGUCGGAGUAACAGCGUCUGGGUUGCAAAACAUAUCAUCAUUCACCAUUAUUCUACAAUAAUUCAGUUACCUCGGGAUGCCGACUUUCCAACGAACAAGUGCAUCGAAAAUCAGUGAGAAAAAUGCAUGCCACAGAAGUAGUCAUUUUUUACAGAGUAUAAUUUUGCGUGCAGUAGGAAAGAAGUUCGUUCGAAAGUCGGCAUCCUGAGGUAACUGAAUUAUUGUAGAAUAGUACUGCUUGGUGGUUAGUUUUACAACACUACUUACUUAAUCUUUUUAAAACGAAUAGAUAUUUCGGAAUUUCGGUUGACAUUUCAUGAUUUAGCCCACCUACUGUAGGUUUGGGAGAGUAGAAUAGGUACUUCGGAGUUUUUUGUCGUCAAGAAGACCCAACUAAAACCCGGCAUCUUGUCCUGUAUUAAGUAACUUGGGAGCGUAUUGGCAGUGGCAGCAGGAUCGGUAUUAGAAGUAAUAGUAACAGCAGUAGUAACAUCGGUAGUAGUAGUAGUAGUAGUAGUAGUAGUAGUCAUAGUAGUAGUAGUAGUAGUAGUAGUAGUAGUAGUAGUAUCACCAAUGUCAAUGGCGAUUGUAACGACGGCGGUAGUAUUACUAGCAGUGACAGUAAUAGCAGUAGGCGUACCGGCGUUAGUGAGAGUACUAAAAGUCGUCGCAAUAGCAAUAGCAAUAGUAGUAGUAGUAGUAGUAGUAGUAGCUGUAGGCGUGAAAGUAGCAGUGCCAGUAGUAUUGGCAGUAGUAGUAGUAGUAGUAGUUGUUGUUGUAGUAGUAGUAGUAAUGCUAACAGUGACAGUAGUAAUAGUUGUUGUUCUUGUAGUCUGGUACGGCAGAUGCUGCCCAAGUCCGCCUCACUAUAAACCAAUCCACACCUGAGCCACCGUCCUGCUCUCCUUCCGCAGGGCAUUUGGCGGGUGUCAUCGUUCGCGACUGUCAGACUCUCAGUAGCGAACCCUCACCUGUAUAGACCAUCCAACUUGAAAGCAUAUUCAACCAUUUCAGUCAGUAUUUCGGAGGUCUCGACGCGCACGCUAUUUCAGCCCCUUGCUUCUGUCUCCCCUCCGCUACCCCCCCUUUCUCUCUGUAUGCGACAGGUGGAAGAACUCUCUUCUGAUCCACUGGUCACCGCCACCGAGCUUCUGCGGAGCCAGCUGAUGCAGAAGUUGGGUCUGCCGCAAGAUCGCGAACCGCCCGACUGGUUCCCUGGUCGCAAGCGAGCGGUUUCUGCGUCUAUGCCUACCAACCCAGCUCCAACCUCCGUACCUCCGUCUGCUGGCAGAUGUCAACCACAGCCGCAGCAUCCCCCGGAGGUUGCAACGGCAGUUCAGCCGCAAGCUGACUUCGACGACGAUGCCCUCUUUGCCACCGUGAUGGAGGAGUUGGAGACUGCUCUGCCCGCUGCCAUCGAGCAGCCCACCAACGCUGGUAAGCCUCAAUCUCCCCCUCCCUGUGUGUUUUUUGUUUGCCUAGUGGACAGGACAGCCGUUUCACCUGAUGGGAGCAGCCGGUGUACUUCUCCAACGCCGUGGGUUUGUUAUGGAUAAUGGGUUAACCGUGUCAUGAUGCCUGAGCAGCCGAUGCGCCCGCCGUGUUUAGUCGUCUCGGUCUGAUCCCGCUGUAACGUCUGGACGUUAAGGAUACUCAGCGCCGCCGUUCGAUCACUUCGGGGUCACCAAUAUGUAGUUUCUAAUCGGUGAGAGUACUCGGAGCACCAUGAUAAUCAGGCCAAGUCCUGAGUUGUAGAGGAAAACAAAAGGCACCAGAAUAAGGGAAUUAUUGUCCACAGAACUCCGAGUUGCCCGUUCAGGUGGCAGUAGCCGCGGGCGAGACCACGGCAUGUGCUGAAUGCGUGAGUCAAGUGGAGGCAGCUGCUUUGAUGGGUUUGGGGAGCAUGCUCAAAUGUCGUCCAAUUGGUGUGGAUUGCAUUUGACAUCAUUUCUGAAAAAAGGAACCUCGUUUCAGCAAAUGUCUGAAAAUCAUUUUAAUAUGGCUACUGACUGUAUCUAAGUAGCUGGUUUCCCUUCGUGAUACAUUUUUACUCGCGACUCUACUCAAACCCGCAUGCAAAGCUGCGACUGUGUGGACGCACGUGUGUCCGCGCUGUAGUCGGACGAGCAAUUGCAGGUCAACGCGCCGGGGACCGUUAGCUGCGAAGGAUGAAUGGCCCUGAACAAGAAUAAUGGCUGUCGACAACGCUACCACCGAAAUAUGCUCUAUAGGGCGACCCAGCCCCAACUACAAGGGGACCUACUAGUUGAACUACGUCGCCCCCCCCCCCCCAAAGAGCAAUCUAAUGAAUAUGCCCGCGUUGGUUAUAACGAACGAGCUACCAUGACCGGGUCCUGAAGCGAAAUGAUCGGAAAUCACUCCAUCCUCCGAGAGUCGCGGCAAAUGUUUCGAACACACAGUACAGUGUGAUUUUCGGUUAGAUCACAAUUGACAGCCAGGAAUGGUGAAGCAGACGGCGGGGUCCCUGUCGUACGGGAAUGGUGGGAAAGGGGUUAUAUGGGUGGGGUAAAUGGAAGGGUGGCAAAGAAAUGCUGGAGAUUCUGGGAAAAAGUAAAGUUACUGGAGAAAGUGUUGGAAAAUUUUGAGAAGGUGGAAUAAUGGCAGAAGUUUAAACCCCAACCUUAACUCAAAACCCAACCAUUACCGCAAUCGUAAAACCUAACCAUAAGCCACAAAACAGAAACGUAACCGAAAGCCUAAAAACCGAAGCUAACCCAAACCCUACCCACAACCAUAAACCUAACCCUGACCUUAACCAUGACCCUAAAACUAACCUUAACACCAACCGUAAUCAUAAACGUAAUCCUAACCCUAACCUUAGUUCUAACCCUAGCCUUAAUCCUAGUCUUAACCCUAACCCUAACCUUAACCGUAACCCUAAGGGGAACCCCAGCGGGAACCUACACCGUAACCCUAACACUGAAAUCUGACCCUGAAACGCAAACCCUUAUCCUAAAACUUAAUCUACGCCUAACCCUAACCCUCACUAAACCCAACAGCCUGACCGAAACGGGCGACCUGCCUAACUCGGUAAGAGCCCACCUACUGAUAACAAGUUCUCUAAACAAGAUAAGCACACAUUCUGAUAACAAGUAAGUACGUCGCGUGCGCGAGAACCCCUCCGGAGGAAAAGUCUCAAAUGUUCGACCAGUUAUUGAUUGGACCACACGCAUGAGCGAAGCCACCACACACGUGCUUGGUGCUGCAGUACACGCCGGUUGGCUGUCUAACCUCACGCGUGUAUCACGUCGCCGGCUUGGCUCUCUGUUCAGCGCGCGCGGUCGAGUCUCCCUUGCGCCUUUGGCUGUGACUCCACGCCGCCUGUGCCCUCCAUGACGGUAGCCAAGCCGAAAAAUCGUUUUUUUAUUAUAGAAACCUUCGGUUAGAUCGCAAUUGACAGCCAGGAAUGGGGAGGCAGAUGGCGGGGCCCCUGUCUUACGGGAAUAGUGGGAAAGGGGGUUAUAUGGGUGGGGUAAGUGGAAGUGUUGCUGGACGAAUGCUGGGGUUUAGUGGAAAAAUAAAUUAAACGAAAAAAGUGUUGGGAAGUUUCAGUAAGCUAGGGUAAUGGCAGAAAUUGAUAAAAAUCCCUUGGAAAACAGCAGGGCUUGCGGAAAAUGGAAGAGGUAGAUAGUGAUAGGAUAACCCUAACCUUAACCCUAAACUUAACCUUAACCCUAACUCUAACCUUAACCCUUACCUUAACCGUUAACUAUUAAUUGUUAACCGGUAACCCUAACCCUGAAGCUGAAUCCCCACCAAAAAGCCAAACCAUAAUUGUAAACCUAAACCCUAACCCUAACACUGAAGCCGGACUCUAUAACGCAAAUCCUAAUCCUGAAACGUAACCUACGCCUAACCGUAACCCUCGUUAAACCCAACAGCCUGAUCGAAACGGCCGACCUACCUCACACAGUAGAAGCACACCUACUGAUAACCAAUUCCGUAGGCAAGGCAAGCACACACUACUGAUAACAAGUAAGUACGUCGGCAGUAUCAACGUACAGCGCCUGGCUACCAACUGCGAUCUUUCGUGACCUUCGAACACAUCUUCAGCUUCUUUCACGGAACUACGUAUGCGUGCUGCGGACUGUUUUUCGUUCUGUCAUUAACGCAAGCAUCAAGUAUAUUGCUAAAAUUGCAGUCUUUAAUCCCUUGUCGCUUUCUGUACCUCGUACUUUGACUUUUAUUCGCACAUACCAUUUGCCUAGCGAAAUCUGCGAUGAGCGCGAAACUCGAAGAGCGUGAACUUGAGGACGAGGUGGAUGCCGAUGUGCUGGAGUCUGCCCUGCAGGAAAUUGACUUUUCACCACACUUCUUGGGUCCCACUGCUGCCCUCGCAGCUGCCUCGACAGACCCUGGACCCUCGAAACCCUAUCCUCCGCCUCGGACAGAGCAAGCAUCCCCCGCGGGCACGAAAAUCGCAGGCUCCUCAACGGCAUGUCCGUCAGUCGUCAGCGGGGGCUAUUCGAUGAACCAACGCGCAGUACCACCGAGAAUUCAUCGUGCUGAGCCACUCUCGGUUGCUACUAAAAGACCCGUCAGCGGUGGCGGUGGCAGCAUCCUUAGCUUCCUCACACGUCGCAGCGAUGCGCCGACUUCGGAGGCAGCGUCUUCGUCCUCCUCCGCCGCCGCCGCUGCCGCCGCAACUGAUUCUACCGCAGCCACCGCCUUGUCGCCAUCGCCAGAUGUCGGCAGCCGCUUUCAUCCUUUUUGUUACCUGCAGGUAAGUGUUGUUGUUGUUGUUGUUGUUGUUGUUGUUGUUGUUGGUGGUGGUGGUGGUGGUGGUGGUGGUCGUCGGUGGUGGUGGUGUUGGUGGUGGUGGUGGUGGUCGGUGGUAGUGGUGUUGGUGGUGGUGGUGGUGUUGAUGUACCCCUAAAAUGGGCCACUCAGUAAAUGUGUUGAACCAACAGAGGGACUGGAUCGAAAUCCAGCAGGCGUUGGAAAUGCACACCCGUCAGAUGUGGUGGCAGGACCAGUUUCCGCGAAUUGGAAUCAUGUCGCCCUCCAUUCACUAUUUUUUGUUGUGGUAUAAAAUCCUUGUCGGUAUACGUUGUGGACAGGGGUGGGUUAACUCAUGAAAUCUCGACCGAAAUGCUUUAUCCUUUCGAAAAGAUUAAUUAAGUAGGGUUGUAACACUGGUCAACCUGCAACAUAAUUCUGCAAUAAUUCAGUUGCCUCAGGAUGUCGGCAUUUGACUGAACUUCCUUCCGGCUGCAUGUAUAAACUACACUCUGUAAAAAAAUGCCUACUUACAUAGCAUGAAUUUUUCUCAUUAAUUUUCGGUGCCACUAAAUAUCCAAUUAUAUUUCAUGGAAAACAUGCAUAAAAAUAUUCAUUCUUUUACUCAUUCCGUAGAAAAUUACGCCAUUUCACGGUAUUUAAAAGUCCCACAAUUAGAAACCUUUUUAGAACCGAAUUAUACCCUUCCUUCGAGUAUAAAAUUGGAAGAAGAGGUAAUAAUAUUGUAGGCUGACUAGCUUUACAACCCUAGUUAAUUAAUAUUUUUGGAACGAAAACGCAUUUCGGAAUUUCGGUUGACAUUUCAUGAGUUAGCCCACUUACUGCACGUUGUGGCCGGGGGGGGGGGGGAUAUGGUGGCACACCUAGGUGCGGGUCCACGCAGUGCCAACCGCCUGCGCCCUCUCCCGUCCCCGGUCUUCUUGACUUGGUCAUGACACCGGGCCAAGGUGGGGCAGGAGGAGGAGAGAGAGCGCGGUAGGCUCUGCGCAAGUCUGCUAUCACUAUAAGCUGAUUCACGUGCAAAACGCCAUCCCUGUUCUCCGCACACGGUGGACACCGCCGGCAACGAUGGUUGAGCGGUCCUUGGCGUUGAUAACGAUGAAGAUGACAUUUUGGGUCGGAUAAAUUGCAUGUUACAGCACUGUUGACCCCCAGUAAGUCCAACGAAUGUAUGCGGUCAUUCGCUGACCGUCCAAAAAGUCGGUUAAGCCGCCUCUUGCCGUACAGUGGCUGCGUGAGAGGGAGCUUCCUUUAGUUUCUCCAUUUGAAGCUGGAAGUCCAUUACCUCGCACGCACACCAGUCAAGGCAGCCAGGAUUUUGUCUUAUGAUAGAAAAUGCCCCAUUUACUAGUGGUCUACGUUCGCCGUGUCAAAAUGUGGUUGCGGCCCGUAACAUUCUACACUGGUACAGAAUUUGUCGUUUCAAAAGCUGCAAAUACUCAGUAAUGUGACCCAAGAGCAUACUUACUACGCGCCUAGUCGUUACUAUAUCCCGUUACACCAUACGUAACCUGUUGUCGGUUCGGGGUAGGUCGUAAUCGAGCGCUCUCUAUCUUCCCGCUGCCACUGCCUAACAGCAGUCCAUGGCGUCUCGGUUACCAUUUUCUUUGGCGACUGGACUCGCUCAGACUGAACCUGACCCAGCACGCACGAUCGUAAUCCCCGGCAUGUGGGUGAUCAGUUAGGGACCCCCGUGGGAUUCAUGACAAUAUAAUUGACUCUGUCUCUUGGGACGCGCAGGACAUGCGCCCAAUGGUCGACGCGGCUGUGCCUGGAGCCUGAGAUAGCUAUUUAUAAAACUAAUCAGAUGCAUGUAUAUGUAUAUGUGUAGGCACUAUAUAUAUAUAUGUAUAUAUAGGUACUAACUAAAAGCCCAGACACGUGUUUCGUCGAUAUUCUGUCGCUGCGUGACACAACUGCGAGGGGUUCGGCUCUUCAGUGGGACCCCCAGCGUUCUCUAUGCGGUUUCUGACAUAUGAACUCAGUGGCAGAAUGUCGACGAAAGACGUGUCUGGGCUUUUAGUUAGUACCUAUGUCGAGAGUACUGUAUAAUAGUGCGGUGUACACAUUUCAUACUACUCCUAGUACUACUUGUUUGUGGAAUGGUCAUUACGUGGUUAUUCCACGCUAGUCGAUUGGUUCCGACUCAAAUAUGCAUUGAAAUUUCGGUUCUGACCCAAAAAGUCGUGUCCCGGUGACUUAGCUCCGUGUCUUGCACUGAGUAAUUACUGAAACUAUUCACUUGGUAUAUAUAUGUUUUAGAAAGCAAUAAGUCCUUUGGGAAAUGCAACAAACUUUAUUCCGUGAAUUUUCGACACUGGUUCCUCAGGUCGUCUUCAUACUUAUAGCAAAUAUGCAAAACAGUCAACAUUUUAAGUGCCGAGAAAAUCGAUACUGCCUUUUAAUUCCUGCCGGCAGUUCAGGGCCUUGGUUGACGCAUCGUGUUGAUUGGCUGUGGUCUUUUCCAUCUUUCCCCGAGGUUAUUGUAAACGGCGUCUGGUUCAAUGUGCCGGUUAGUGCAUGAAUAUGCCUUCCAAAAAUCACGGCCAGAAAGACAGAUACCAACAAUUCGAGUUUUGUCCCAGGCAAGUUUGUAACCAUUUUCCAAUGUGCGCGUGGCAACUUGAGGCAAAUUGUCUCGCCUCCUCACGGCUAGUUGGUGUUCGUGUAUGCGUGUAGAGGCCGGCUUAGGGAACCAGUGUCUAAAAUUUGCGGAAUGAAGUUUUUUUGCAUUUCCCAGAAGACCUAUUACUUUCUAAUCAAACUCCUUGGGAUGGUCAUCCUUCUAUACACCUGACAACGACCUGGGCAACCAGCGUCGAACACUUAUGAAAUAAAGUUUGUUUGAUUUCGCAAAGGACUUAUUUUUCUUUGAAAUACAUGUAUAUACAUCGCGAAUGAUAGCAAAUACGCAUGGCCCAGGUAAUUGAAUAGAAGAAGACGAGAAAGUGAUCGCUGGGGCGUUUCGAACUGUCACUCGAGCCUAUCGUCAAGGCAUGAAAAAACUUUACAAUUCAUCGUAUAUUUAGCGCACCUCUGCCAGGGGUGACUUCUAUCUGCGCUGCUGAUUUUUUCAUGCAAUGCUGGAUAGGCGAUUGGCAGAUCGAUAUAUCGAUUGAUUAAGUCCUCAGUUGAGUGCCACACUUCUUGCGCAGGUGCGCAGCUCGGUCGUCUGGCUGGCCAAAUAUUCUCACGCACUCUAAGCCGAAAUUGUGCCCUGGCGAAGAGACGUGGGCGCCUACCAAUGAGAGUAUCUUUCCGUGUCACAGCCGACUCAUGUUUGUGCAAUGUCGUGUAAACCUGUUUGCCGGUUUCACCAGCGUAACUGACCCGACCACAGUUGCAGUCUUUCCGGCAAAUGACCCCUGAUUGAUGAUGGAGAUUGGGGAAUUUGCGCAACAUCUGAAGUCGAUCUUCCCAGAUAUCCAGUUCAUGAUGGAAGAAGAGAACGAUUGCCAGCUGCCCUUUCUCGACGUAUUGGUUCAGAGAAAAGACGAUGACGAACUAAAAACAACGGUUUACCUCUCGUAGUCCGAGUUGUCUCAGCAACCACCCCCUUUCGCACAAAAGCAGCUGUGCAGGAACACUAUCGGCGUGAAGAAGCCUGUUGCACCAAACCAGCCGACAAAACGUCCGAGGCCCAGCUCCUGUGGAAACGCUUCGUAACUAAUGGCUUCCCUGAGAACUUUAUCCAAAUGUGCAGGCGAGAAACCCCGGGAAGAAAAGCGAAGGGGCAGCCGAAACCGAAGUGCUGGCGCGCAAUGCUGUACAUAGCUGGUGUGUGAGAAGAAUUUCUCUAGACUGGUGAACGAAUUUAGGAUUAACGUCGUUCACAGAUCUGAAGCAGCAAUCCGCCGGCAACUCAGUGUUAUGUUGGUGAAACCGACAGUCAGGUUCACACGAGAUCGCACAAGCCUGCAUUGGCUGUUAGACGGAAAGUUAAACUGGCCUUGGUAUCCGCCCACGCCUCCAAGUAACGCGUAUGGUACCACCACUGCGCCCCCUCUGAAGUGCUCCAGCCACAGACCAUUAUCAUAUCUUGUUGAUGGGGCCCCAUUUUUAUGAAUUCUAAAAACUUCUAUGCUUAUAUCACUCCUUCUCUGAGCAACAGGCGCGGCCAUUUAUAUGCCUCCUUGUACAGCGGGUCUGAGUGCUUGCCAGUAAGUGUAGUAGGAUCGAGGACCGCUUUGCUUUAUCCGCAGCGUUGCCUAUCUGUUCUUGAGUGCGCUUUCAAACCAACCAAUCCGCACAAAGCUACAGUAACCAAUGAGAAUGCCACUCUCUCUCUCUCUUUGUAGGAUCUAUACCAUGAGGUGGUUGGUAAGCCGCAGGCCGCCGAAGCGGUCGCCUUGAAGCCGCGGAAACGACUGCGCGGUGUGUACACUGUGCGUGCUCUAUUGAUGGGCCUGCAGUCCCGAUUGACUCACAACAACGGCGAACGCUGGUCUCUGAGCGUACGCAUCUCCGAUGGCAGUGCCUCCCUCGACGCCGAGGUGGAGGACGAACUGCUACGCAGACUUAUCGGAGUUUCUGCGGUGGAGGCGAAGGCGAUGCAUCAGCUCGGUCGACAGGGUUAUGAGGUACCUCCCUCCCCCCCUACCCCCGCGACCUCGCAUACAGUAGGUGGGCUAACUCAUGAAAUGUUAAUCGAAAUUCCGAAAUGCAUUUUCGUUUCGAAAAGAUUAAUUAAGUAGGGUUUUAAAACUAAUCGGCCUGCAGCGUAACUCUAUAAUAAUUCGGUUAUCUCAGGAUGCCGGCUUUCUAACAAACUUCCGUCCGACUGCAUGCAAAAACUACAUUCUGUAAAAAAUGACUACUUAAGUAGCAUGAUUUUUUCCCACUGAUUUUCGAUGCCCCUAGAAGUCCAAUUAUAUUUCAUGGAAAACAUGCAUAAAAAUAUUCAUUCUUUCGCUAAUUCAAUAGAUAAUUACGUCCUAUUCCAAUCUUAUACUCGAGGGAAGGGUAUAAUUCGGUUUUCUAAAGCUUUCCCAAUUCUCGAAUAAUUUUGAAGCCGCUCUACUGUUACACUUGGAUUCGGGGUUUCCAAACUACAAGCCGUAUAUUUUCCGCGUACGGAAAGCUACACAUCUCUCUUGCAGUAAUAAAGGGGGACCAUAUAGGGUUCAUAAAAUUUAGCAGUGGAUUUGAUCCAUUUUGUUAACUUUACGAGCCACAUUGGUAAAUGCAGAGAAAUGACGAUUUAUGAACGGCCAUUUGACGGUAUUUAAAAGUCCCACAAUUAGAAACUGUUUAAAACCGAAGUAUGUUCCUCCUUCGAGUAUAAAAUUAAAAGAAGACGUAAUUUUCUACCGAAUGAGCAAAAGAAUGAAUAUUUCUAUGCAUGUUUUCCAUAAAAAUGUUAUUGGGCCUCUAGGGGCAUCGAAAAUCAAUGAAAAGAAUCCAUGCUACUUAAGUAGUCAUAUUUUACAGAGUGUUGUUUUUGCAUGCAGCGGGAAGGAAGUUAAUCCAAAAGCCGGCAUCCUGAGGUAACUGAAAUAUUAUAGAUUUAUGUUGCAGGCUGAUUAGUUUUACAACCCUGCCUAAUGAAUCUUUUCGAAACGAAAACGCAUUUCGGAAUUUCGGUUGACGUUUCAUGAGUUAGCCCGCCUACUGUACUCUUUGCCGUUUUUUCUAACGUCCAGUUCGUCUUGUCAUUGUUGGGCCAUUCUGAAAUAAUUCAGAGCGGAUUUAGUAAGGGCACCUCGCUCAUCCGGUCACGGGACCGUUGCGGUUUUUUCCUCCCACACUUGACACAUUCCACUUGCUCAUGCCGCAAUACUUAGACCUUAUCUUGAGUGAACCCGUCUGCCUGCCUUCUGUAGUUCAGUACGGAAUUGGGUUAAUGGACUCCAUUGGGUUUUAGCCUCGAGACCCUCCUCGCUGUCGACCAGCCGGCUGUCGUGGCAGCCGGGAAAGGUCUUGUGCCACGUAGGUCUUCUGGCUAGAGGAAACCAAUAAUGCAGAAUCUCUGACAGUCGUCGGGUCCUUCAUCUUCCUGCUCCUCGACGUUAUGGGUCAUGCUGUUUGCGUUAGAAGGAGCCGACCUAGCCGACCCUCUCGCAAGCCGCAAACACGCCGCCUCAUCGAUUCGCCCAUUUUGGCGUGCGCGUGGCGAUAUCGCGCUGACCACUGCCAGGAUUGGAAGGGCGCCCAGCCACUCAGAUGAGUCAGAAAUCUAGGCGACUUACUACCAGCUCAAGGGCAUGAUGUGAUUGGCUCAAUUCCUGGCCGGCCUUGGACUUCUCCGUGUGUACCUUUUAUCGCCAGAUUUUCGCUGUUAGGACUCAUCAGUAAACUUUGUCUUAUUUUAUCCUCGCUGUUGAGUUCUCAUUUGGGGAUUCGGCCGGAACAUGACGAUAUGUACCACCUAGGUCUUAUGACUCACAGCUCACUGUCAAAACUCGGUGCAUGAACUCACAAUCGCACCGAACACUCCUGACCUUUGACGAGCAUUGGGUGAAGGAUUUCUGACCAAUCUCUGUGCGUGUGCCGUCAACUAGAAACACAGGUCAUGUGGUGUAGAAUAGAAUACUCUAAAGGAGAGGGUGGGUCCUAGGAUAGAGGUCUGAGGAAGCAGACGAGUUAACCGGUACAAAUUUAUUUUUUUAUCUAGUGUUCAGGGUCGUUUGGACUGCGUACACGUACCGACGGGCACAGAAGCAUCCCAUCUUACAGUGCUUUACCGAGCUCAUGAAAUGUGUCGAAAUUUACGAAUGAUUGCCAAUCACUCGCAAACCGACACCAUUUCAUGAGUCCAAUGUCUAUGUUCAUGAAGUUCAAGUCUGAAAGAAUUAAAAACGUAAAAGAAAUAUUAAAGGCAGUGUUGCGUUGUUUUUAAAUGCCGAUUUUUUUUUAAAAAAGCGCACUAUCCCGAAAACGUUAGAAAUGGCUCUAAUUUAGUAAAGUUCCUUUUUAGAUGUACAGAAUGUAUUCUCAUGCCGCAAACGUAGUAAAUAUGAAAGUACAAAUGAAAUAACGUUUAAUAAUAGUGUUUCACUGAUCUUUACAUCUAACUAUCCUUUAAGAAUUUGUGUAAUUUCAUACAUGGCGGUUUUUCAACUGUCCACAUUCUGAGUGUAGAUUCAAAAACAGUUUUCCACGGAUUCGUGGUAUUCUUGACUCGUUUGAAGUAAAUUAGAUGACGUUCAACAAGAGAAGCUGGAUUUUGCCUGAUUUUACCGAUGGGGACCUUGUAGGAACAAAGGUUUUCAUAAGGUGACAUGCUGUCAGGUCGAUCGGUGCCUAAUAAAUUUAGAUAGAACUGACAGGCGUGAUCGUAAGCAUAAAAUUUUGUGUUUAUGGAGAGAAAUUAAAUUAACUUAUAAUUAGUCAAUCAAUAGUAAUUAAUUAACUUAAUUAAUUCACACUUCCUGCGUUUUGGAUUACCUUGAGUUUCAAAUCGGCCUUCAACUGUUGCUGAAUACUUCAUGUUUUCAGUGUUUUCGCCCGAUCGUCCAUAAGGACAGAUUCUAAAUUACCUGUCCCUUAAUAACUUUAAAAUAAGAUUAUUCUUAAAGGCAUUUACUCAAUUAGUGAGUGUUCCGCGCCCCUUUUUACGGAGAUAGUCGUUUGGGUCACAUGUGAAGACUCAUUCAAACAUCAAGUUUCAUUGUCUAGAAAAAUGGCUGUCCACAACGAAUUUCAGCAACUAAUAUGCCUUUGAUAAAUACGAAAACUUUUAAAAAAGUGCUUUAUUACUGCACUCCGUUGGCGCAUCUCUGUGUACUUUGCACUUUUGCACUGUGAGGCUAAGUAAAAAUUUGAAACUUUUGGCCGUUUAUUUCACGUUCCUAAACAAUACUAGUAUUCUUCUACCGUAAACGUAAGAACAUGCCUAUACAUUGAGGCCAUUUUCACUGUUUUCGCUCGCUUUUGGACCCCGUUCUUCGAUUUUGAAUGCACGACAGAGCGCCCAAUUAAAUAUGAUACUUUUCUGAAACUAUUAAUGUUUUGCUCGUUCUACUUCUGAAUAAGGUAUACAUAGCAACUAAACUACACGACAAGUAGUGUUUCAAAUGUGUCAAAUGCGAUGAUGACGCAGAGAAGUUGCAGUCGAACAUCAACAAACUCUGUGCUUGGUCGAACAGAUGGCUUUUGAAGUUUAACGUGUCCAAAUGCGUGGUCUUGCACCUGAACACCGGCCGCAAUGCCUCUCCCAAACACCAGUACUAUAUUGACGGGACGAAGUUAGAAACUGUGGAACGACACAGAGAUCCGGGUGUAUGGACGACCACAAAUCUAUCGCCAUCAGAACACUGUAGAAAGAUGGUCGAGAAGGCAACUAGUACUCUACACUGGAUCAGACGUGCAUUGAAAAUAUUUCCUCCCGAACUUCUCGAAAGACUCUUUGGUGUCUUUGUAAGACCUCAUCUAGAGUAUGGAAUGCCAGCAGCUUCACCAUGGAUGAGGAAGGAUAUCAACUUACUCGAACAGGUGCAACGCAGAGCGACAAAGAUGGUCGACGGUCAAGAGCAUUUGUCUUAUCAGGAGAGGCUGAAUUUGCUUGGCCUAUUCCCUCUCUCUUAUAGACAAAUAAACUGCAGUCUACUCUGGACGUUCCGGAUUGUUCGCGGCCAGGGUUGCUCAUUAAGAGCAGAGGACUUCUUUGAGUUCGCCCGUACAAACCAACUACGCGGCCAUGCAUACAAAGUCGGGAAUGAGCGCACGCGUUUAGACCGACGAAAAUUUUUUCAUUCAGCCAGCGGGUUGUCAGGCCGUGGAACUCGCUUCCAAGCGAGAUGGUGACGGCUGAUGCAGUUUGUGUGUUUAAAAGAAGACUUGCUAGUCUAGUUUUCGACAGAAAUAAACUUGUACAGCAUGACUAUGCACAGCCAGUUUUGUAAAAUCUGUCAUAUACAAUCUUCCGCACUAAUUUACAGUGACCCCAUGCACUACAUUAUGAUUACAAUUGAACUGUGACCCAAUCACAUUUUAAAUGCCUACAAUUUAAUUCUAUUUUUGGGUAUGAAUCUGCGAAAGCACUGUACAUAAAUAGGGUCAUCAAGGGCUCUGCCUGUAACCCUUCAAUAUACAUACAUACACAUAUGUAUACAUACAUACAUAUGGUAAAGGUAUUAUACCGUACUCCCGACCUAGAUACUUGCUAAAAGCCCAGACACGUGUUUCGCCGAUAUUCUGCCGCUGUGUGACACAGCUGCGAGGGGUUCGGCUCUUCAGUGGGACCCCCAGCGUUCUCUAGCGGUUUCUGGUAUAUGAACUCCAGAGAAUAAUCAGGUGAAUAAUUUCGGAAAUUAAUCAGUGCAGAACUUGGAGUUAAAUCUCCGGGACAUGACUUUUUAGGGUCAGAACCGAAAUUUCAAUGAACAUUUGAGUCGAAGACAAUCAACUACUGUGGAAUAACCACGUAAUGCCCAUUCUACAAACAAGUAGUACUACGAGUAGUAUGAAUUUCAUAUGGUAAAGGUAUUAUACCGUAUUAUGUUCAAAAGUGAAAAUGACCAUUCGGUGGUUGUCAUUUAUGUGACAUCAGGUAGAAUUUUCCAAACGGCAAAACAACUUCAGCACAUUUAAACGAAUGAUUCUUUAUAUGCGUUAUUAAUGCACUUUAGGGCCUAAAAUCGCACAGAUCUGCUAAUUCGACGUCUAGGAACCGAUUAAACCUCUGGUUUUCUUUAAAUAACCUUUGCGUUUGCAAGUUGGUUACCACGGUUAGCAUCGGACAUAAAAUAAAUUUUCACGUCCGGCUAAAUAUGUUUAUUAAAACUCUCGCGGGUAAAUUACUAUCCUUUCAAUGAAAAAGUAGCAUAGGAAAUUGCACAAAUAUAUUCCAACGUCCAUUUUCGCCAAAAAUUACGGAUAUUUUACUUGAUAUUUUACUUGAUAUAAACAAUUCCUGUGCAAGAAAAAGACAUUUCACUGAAGGAAGUGGAUGAGCGAACAAGAUGCGCAACGUUAAAGACGUCCAGAAAUUCUCACAUCAGUUUACGUUAUCAGAGAUAGGUCGCGUACAGUACGUUAGUGCGCGUGUCGGUUAGCGUGAACAUCGACCGCAUCGUCCGCUCAACGAGGCUCCCAUCAAUUUCUAAAAGUGCGUGUCGGACCGCGUAUACACUAUAACAACAUCAGCAGACCAUGCGUGCCCUCAGGCCAUGCCAAUCUGGAAAUUUGAUCUUCAUCUCUGAAAAACCCUUUUUCAUGCGAGAGAUCUUGGCUCUCACAAGACGUUCGGAAGUAUCUGGGCCGCUGGGUGUGCUUCGCAAGCAGACCAGCACGUAGUUCGAUGGCCUCAUAAAUUCAAAUAUAUUUUAUAGAAAACAAGCACAACAGUAGGUCUUCUUUUACUCGGUUGGUAGAUAAUCACGUUUUCUUCACACUUUAUAUCGGAAGAAGGAGUAUAUUUAGGGUUUAAGGAAGUUUACAACCAUGAGAAUCUUUAGGACCGUCCGAAAUCCAUUCAUACAUCAGCGUAACUGUCCGUUUGACAAUGCUUUUCAUGAUAUGUACAGCAUAGCCCGCAUCCAUUGAUAAAUUUCAUGAACUCUAUAUGUUAUCUUUUUGGAGACACGGAGAAAUAUUUGAUUUUCCCUACGUGGAAAACAUGCACCUUGUAGAUUUACGUCGCUAAACGCUAGUGUAAAGGCUGAUAAGGCUGAAAAUUAUCCAAGGAUCGGGAAACUUUUUCUAAACCUAAAUAUACACUUUUUCGGGCAUAAAAUGCAAACAAGACGUGAUUUACUAUCGAAAGAGUAAACAAAAGCAUAUUUUUCUGCAGGUUGUCUAUAAAAUACUUUUGAAUUUAUAAGACCAUCGAACAUGCACGCUACAUAAGUAGUCAUUUUGUACCGAGUGUGGUUUCCGUAGUAGUUCAAAAAGGUGUUUAUGCAAAAGCCGACAUCCUAGCGAGUCCGAAAUACAAUAGGAUUAUGCCACAUGAUAAUACAUAUUACAACCCCACCUACGUAAUCCUUUCUAAUCGAAAACGCACUUCGGAAUAUCGGUCAACAUUGCGUGAGAUCGGUCACCCACUGCAUUUGUGGUUCAGAAAGUUUUCUACUGAAGGUGAAUGCACUUCAAAUCUGUUUUAUAGUAGAAAUUAGGCCACAUUAAACACAAUCAACAGUUUCCAAAUAACCAAGUAAUUUCUUACGUCUUUUUCUAUCACAUGCCUGAGCCUCCUCCUUUUGUGUGUUAUGUUAUAAAGGAACAUUAUUAGAAGCGAGCCGAUUUUCGAGUACAUCCCUAUUUGGAAGCGGAAAGUGGGAUUUAACACCUAUAAAAAUCAGUGGAAUUCGGGUCUACGAAAUCGCAUUGUUUGCAAGAACGAGAGAGCAAAGUUAGACUUAAAUACUAUUUUACGAAAUGGUUGUGCGAAUGGACAAAUACGCUGGAUAUAGACACCCUGACCACGUUACUCGCGUCAGCCCGCGAAGACUACUGCCCCUGUGCCUUUCGCGAUAACCCGGCGACAUGUGUGCGUUCCAGUCCUCGACAAUUGGGCGUAGAUGUGUAGCCUUUUUCGCUGCUGGAUCCGAAAGGUCACCAGACGAAUAAGAUUCCUCCUCCUCCGGCGAUCGUGUCGCUUUCCUCUCAACUGCCGCCUUGGGCUCACAUUUUUCGCAUGCGUCAACUUUCACGGACGCCAGCCAUGGGCAUUUUGAGAGCCAGUCGCCAUUACCUUGUUACUGACUGGGGAACAGAACUGCCAGCAUGGUGUUCACAGUACCGAAGCAACUUUACUGGUGCGAUGCGAGUCAACCACCACCUCUCAAAAUGCCCUAUGGCUGAUGGCUGCCGAACAAGCUAUUGGAGUAUUGUUGCAAAGAAACGAUCAACGGAUUUGUCUGUACGAUUAGAGCCCCUCUGUGGACCAGUCAUCUGACUGGGCUCUUCUCAUCGCGAUGGCGGCCUAGAUGACAAAAUAUGUGAUAAAUUACUGCCCUAAACGCAUAUUUCUUCAGUCCCUUAUCUUGACGUACUGUAGGUGGGCUAACUCACGAAAUGUCAACAGAAAUUCCGAAUUGCGUUUCCGUUUCGAAAAGAUUAAUUAGGUAGGGUUAUGAAACAAAUCAUCGUGCAUCAUAAUUAUAUGAUAAUUCAGUUACCCCAGGACGCCUUUUAGCUACAUCCAAAAACCAUACUCCGUAAAAAAUACUACUUAAGUUGCAUGCAUUUUUUCAUUGAUUUUCGAUGCCCUUAAAGAUUUGAUUAUAUUUCAUGGAAAACAUUUACAAAAAUAUUUAUUCUAUCGCUCAUUCAGUAGAGAAUUACUUCUUAUUCUCAUUUUACACUCGAAGGAAGGGUAUUAUUUGGUUUUAUAAAAGUUUCUAAUUGUGAGAUUUGUUAAUACCGUCAAAUGGCCCUUCAUAAAUUGUCAUGUCUCUUCAUUUACCAAUGUGGUUUGUAAAGUUAACAAUGUGGCUCAAAUCCACUGCUUAAUUUUAAUGAGCCCUACAUGGUCCCCCUUUACUACCAUAGCUUGUAGUUUGGGAACCCUGAAUGCAAGCGUAACGGCACCUAGUUGAAACUCGAGACGCCAACCUCAUUUGUGUGAGACCCUACUGCGUGUUUGCGGUAGCCGGGUCGUGCGUGUGGCCCGCGCAGACGGGCUGUCUUUAGCCCUGUCGGUCAACUCUUCCUAUCAUAACACCAGUUGAUUGACUGGCUCAGACAGUCGACCGGCACACGGAAAGGAGAAAUAAGACUGAGGUCAACUCGUUGAAUGAGCUGCAACUUGAGAGCUGGCGUCAUUUCUCCGCACCGUUGCAGCCUGUUCGGCCACUCGCGUUAGGAGCUGUCUUCCGGUUUCUCCGAGGUAGUUGCUUUGUCCGCAACUGUACCACAUCCGAUAGACGACUCCAGACGUUCCUUGCCGUGGCAGCGGGUCAUUCGGUUUCAUCACCAGACACCCGAUAGUUGGCUCCGGUCUGUCUGCAAUUUCAACGCCAAAUGGUGCGAGGCGGCCGACGGCUUCCGAAACGUUCUUGACAUAUGGAAGCACUCGCCAAAAUUUGGUGUCUGUGAGGUUAGGCCCUUCGUCCCUUUUGCGUAUGCACCGGUUGAGGAAGUUGCGCGGGCAGCCAUUGGCUAUGAAGACCCGUCGGAUGUAUUAUAAUUCGGCAAUAUUCUCUACCGGAAGACCCAUCAGGCGUCAGGUUAUGAAAGCGAAAGACCCACUGCCAUGGCUAGAAACGUCUGGAGUCGUUUAUCGGAUCUGGUGCAGUUGCGGACAAAGCAACUACGUCGGGGAAACCAGAAGACAGCUCCGAACGAGAGUGGCCGAACACGCUGCAGCAGAGAAAUGACACCAGUUCUCAAGUUGGGCUCAUUCGACGAGAUCCGGCCACACUUUCAAAUUCGUCGAGGCCCAAAUUCUCGCAAGAAAUAAGGUCAACUCUCAGCGCAUAUUCCUCACUAUAAACAACCUAACGCGCUUGAGCCUAACACGGUCCGUUUAAAUCCGUGGCUUUGAAGGUUACCAACUGACGAUUCAACGUAGCCCUCGAGGUCAGCCCAGUGUGUAGUUGGGCAUAGUGGCCGACUUGCUGACUUCCUAAUGUAGCCUUCAUAGUACUCCGAGCCGCCCUCCAUAUCUGAUGUUCUGAUCGAUUAUUUGUAGAGCAGGGGGUGUUGCGACACGCCUAGGUACGGAUUCAUGCCACGCCAGCCAUUUGCACCCUAUCUCCUCUGGUGUUAUUAACUCUGUUAUGACACAGCGCACAGCCGGAAGUGGAGGAAGAGAGAGUGCAGUAGACGCAGCGCAAGUCCGCGCAAGCUACCGUCCCUGCGGCCACUCUGCCGUGGGGCGCACGGUAGACAUAGUCAGAAUCGGUGGUAGAAGCGUGGUCAUGUGUGAUGUCGUUUUUCACUGCGGAAGAGUGGGAAAACCAAUGGUGUGUGCAAAGGACGGGGGAGGGUGUUCAUUCACCCCGUCAGCAUGAUCAAGGUAAGGAGGAGUCGGCAGGAUCCUAAGCGUCGUGGGAAGGCGGUCAGGUGAGGUCGGCUGGAUAAGGCAGGGACGGGGGGGGUGGGUGGGUGGAGUGCGAAACCGGGGGUAGGUGAGUUGGUGAACACGGCUCGUCAGCUGUUAUGACACGCCGUCCCUCCUUACGGUUGGCAAUGCGCACAGGGGGGGGGCGUUUCCCAACGUUCCGAAAGGGAGCGUUUCGUACCGAAAGGACAAUAGCCCCUGGAGGUAUGACGAUCGCUCCGCUGUCAGGUGCUUGCGUUGUCACUGCAGAUCCAGUCGGUUUCUCAGCCGCCCUCUCCCCCAGUACAUCUCUUUGACGUUCAUUUGGUGGCCGGUGGUCAUAAUUAGUGGUUGGGAAUUCUGUCACACCUCAUAUGGCGUUGGGUUUUUCUUAACUUUUCCCAAUAAUUAAUCCAGCAAGUCAGUCUACAUCUUAAAGGGUAGGGAGGUUCAACCGUGUGUGGUGGGUCCAUAGUCCCCUGCUCAACCUCAUAAUUUAAUUAUUGGCGUCUUCACGCCGCCCCACUUCUUCCUGCAGUCUUGGCACUACUACUACUACUACUACUACUACUACUACUACUACUACUACUAACGCUGGUACUAAUACAACCACUUCCACCACCACUUCUGCUGCAAAUACCACAACUGCAACUACUACUGAUUCUACUACCAUUAAUACCACUGCCACCGCUACUACCGCCACCAAUACGAUCACGAUCACCACUGAUGUUACUAUUACUACUGCUGCUGCUGCUGCUGCUACUGCUGCUGCUGCUUUUACCACCACUGCAACUACUGCCGAUAUCACCACUACUACGACUAUUUUACUACCACUACUACUACUGUUACUGCCGCUGCUUCUACCACUGCUGCUACUACUACCACCACCACCACCACUGCUACUACUAUUACUGCUCCUACUGUUGCUACUACUACUACCACCGCUACGACUGCCAUCACUUCUACUACUACUACUACUACUACUACUACUACUACUACUACUACUACUAAUACUACUACUACUACUACCACUACUAAUACUACUACUAUUUUACUACCAAUACUACAACCACUGCCACUAGUACUAAUACAACCACCAACACCACAACUGCAACUACUACCGCAACUUCUGUUGCAACUACCACCAAUACUACUACAACUGUUAUGACGACGACGACGACUACUACUACUACUACUACUACUGCUACUACUAUCACGGCUACCACUACUACAAUUGCCAUUACUACUACUACAACCACCACCACCACCAUCAUCAUCAUCAUCACCACUACUACUACUACUACUACUACCACUGCAACUACUACAACAACUGCUACUACUACUUGAACCGAUACAAACAAAGAUGCGAGUUCCAGAAACUAGUUGAUCAGAAGAAGAAGAAGAAGAAGAAGAAGAAGCGAUCGCUGGAACAAGGGCUUUAUUCGCCUGACGUUUCGGAUUCUCCCUUGAAUACAUCAUCAGAGACAGUGGCAGAUGAGGGCGACUCGUGCACAGGAAGUUGCAGUAUUUAUAGGAUGGAGUCGCUACGCUACCGCAUACCUAUAGCAAUUAGCCGCGCUCCUCCUCAUCAAGGAUGGCUGCCCGCUGGUGCGGUAAUUGCUUGAUGGCCGGCGUGCAAGGUGUUAAUUGCCGAAAUGUUAUCACUCGUGUUGGAUGCUGGCGUGAUGAUUGCUCGGCCAUCUGAUUGGUCAAUUACCUUGGCCAGCCAUGGCGUCAGCACGGAGUAUGGAGUGGGCAUAUCGUUGAACUUGUUGAUAGACUGAAGUCACGUGAACCAUGACUUGAGCAGCUCGCGGCUCACGCGAUUAUCCCGUCUCGCGAGAAUUUCGGCCACAUCGAACUUAAAUGUGUGGCGUGGUCUCGUCGAAUGCGCCGCGACGUGUGAGUCGGCGCCAUUUAUGCGCACCGCUGCCGCGUGUUCGGCAAUUUGCGUUCGGAGCAGUGUUCCAGUUUCUCCGACGUAGUUGCUUUGUCCGCAACAGCACCAAGUCCGGUUAGCGACUCCAGAUGUUUCAUGCCGUGGCAGUGGGUCUUUUGGUCUCAUCACCUGACGCCUAAUGGUGAAGGCGACUAACGGCCUCGGGUGAUGACAUUUCGGCAGUUAACAACGUGCAUGUCGACCAUCAAGCAAUUACCGCACCAGCGGUCAGCCAUCCUUGAUGAAGGGGAGCUCGGUAAAUUGCUACAGGUAUGCGAUAGCAUAGCGACUGCAUCCUAUAAAUACUGAGAUUUCUUGUGCACGAGUCACCCUCUUCUGCCACUGUCUCUAAUGAUGGAUUCAAGGGAGAAUCCGAAACGCCAGGCGAAUAAAGCCCUUGUUCCAGCGAUCGCUUCUUCUUCUUCUUCUUCUCCUUCUUCUUCUUCUUCUUCUUCUUCUUCUUCUUCUUCUUCUGCUUUUUCUUCUUCUUCUUCUUCUUCUUCUUCUUCUUCUUCUUCUUUUUCUUCUGAUAAACUACUUGAUCUGCUACUACUACUACUACUACUACUACUACUACUACUACUACUACUACUACUAAUAAUAAUAAUACCACUACUACUACUGCCACUAAUACUACUACCACCGCCCCUACUACUUUUGCUGCUGCAACUGCUACUACCACAACUUCAACUACUGCCAAGACUACAGCCACUGCCGCCACAACCAUUGGUAUUAUUAUUACCACAAUCCCUACUACUGCUGCUGCCACUACUACAACUACUAACUUCACAACCACUACUACUAUUACCACCGUCUCUGCUGCUGCUGCGGCGACUAAUACUACUACUACUACUACUACUACUACUACUACUACUACUACUACUACUACUAUUAUCACUUACUUUCGUCAUCUUGUCCGCGUGAUCUGUGCUUCUUCUGCGUUUACUGGCUUCUUCUUCAUCAUCCCCACCAGGCCCAAAAACUUCGUCUGCAGUCAGUCUUCUCGUCUUUCCAAGACCGAUUGUUCCAUCUCAACGGCCUCUUCGACGUUCUAAUCUCUGAUGACAUGGAUUCCACUCCACCGCGUCUCAUCAAUUAUCGCGAUUUGGAUGCAACCUGGCUGCGUGAUUUGCACCGCCGUGUGUCCAGCAAUCAUACUUGACUUUGGUUCCAACCUUCUAGAUGCAUUUGUUUUUCAGUUUACCUUUCCCGAGUUCAAUGUAUUAGUUAUUUUCUUAAUCAAUUCGUUCUUUUUCUUUUCUUGCAAAAGUCACAGUUUCAUGGAUUUUGUAACCUCUCCACAGCAAUUAUGACGAUAAGCACUGUUGCCAUUAUUCACAGGUACGACUUCAACUAUUAUUAUUAUUGGCGAUACUGCUGUUGCUAUUACCAUCGCGAAUACGACUACUUGCCGAUACGAGCAAAGAUGCGAGUUCCCGAAACUAGUUGAUCAGAAGAAAAAGAAGCGGUCGCUGGAACAAGGGCUUUAUUCGCCUGACCUUUCGGAUUCUCACUUGAACUCAUCUUCAGAGACAGUGGCGGAAAAGGGUGCCAGUGUCUCUGAUGAUGGUUUCAAGUGAAAAUCCGAAACGCCUCGCGAAUAAGACCCUUAUUCCAGCGAUCGCUUCUUCUUCUUCUUCUUCUUCUUCUUCUUCUUCUGAUCAAUAAGACUACUGUUACUACCAUUAUCAACACUACUACUACUACUGCUACUACCACUACUACUGAAACCGCUACUGCUAUCAUUAUUUACGCUUCCACUGCUACUACUGCUGCUCUGACUACUAAUACUACUGGUUUCGACGAUGUCCACCGUGUGCUCCACAACAGGGUGAAUGAGUCUAUUGUGAUAGUUGUCUUGCACAGCAUCUAUCGCACUCACUCCCGCCUGGUCAAGAAACCGUCGGAAGAGCGGGAGUGGGAGAGGCCGCAGGUGGCCGACGCGGCCGGAACCACUCCUAUGCCUGUCGCCAUUCCCGGCUCGAUUUCCUCAAAAUGGGAGCGCCAUAGAGGCCACAUUAAGCAGGCCCCAUACUACUAUUAA